AUGUUCACCCUCCAAACAGAAGGGGGCAGUACUUCGCAUCAUUUCCUGAUCUGCAGCCGCUGUUAAACACAAGAAGUGGAUAAUGCUAGCAGCGUGAGGAUGGGAACCCAAGUGAAGGAUGUCGUCGUGAAGCCGGACGCUCCCAGCUCCCUGAUGCUGGACAAGCACGCGGACUACAUCGCUGCCUACGGCGCCAAGAAGGACGACUAUGAGUACACGCUGUCGGAGUACCUGAGGAUGAGCGGUAUCUACUGGGGUCUGACGGUGAUGGACCUGAUGGGUCAGCUGCCCCGCAUGAACCAGGAGGAGAUCACAGACUUCAUCAAGUCCUGUCAGCACGAGUGCGGAGGCAUCAGCGCCAGCAUCGGACACGACCCCCACCUGCUCUACACACUCAGCGCCGUCCAGAUCUUGUCUCUAUACGAUAACGUGGACGCGAUCGAUGUGGACAAAGUGGUGGAAUAUGUGAAAGGGCUGCAGCAGGAAGACGGCUCAUUUGCAGGAGACAAAUGGGGAGAAAUCGACACAAGGUUUUCCUUCUGUGCCGUUGCUACACUGGCAUUACUGGGCAAGAUGGACAAAAUAAACGUGGACAAAGCCGUUGAGUUCGUCUUAACCUGUAUGAACUUUGAUGGAGGUUUUGGCUGCAGACCUGGUUCAGAGUCUCACGCUGGUCAGAUUUACUGCUGCACCGGCUUCCUGUCGCUCACCGGGCAGCUGCACCAGGUGAACGCCGACCUGCUGGGCUGGUGGCUCUGCGAGAGGCAGCUGAAGUCCGGAGGCCUUAACGGACGACCUGAGAAGCUUCCUGACGUGUGCUACUCAUGGUGGGUGCUGGCAUCACUGAAGAUCAUCGGCAGGAUUCACUGGAUCGACAAGGCCAAGCUGCGAGCGUUUAUCCUGGCCUGCCAGGACGAGGAGACGGGGGGGUUUGCUGAUAGACCAGGAGACAUGGUGGAUCCUUUCCACACUUUGUUCGGAGUCGCAGGUCUCUCCCUCCUCGGAGACGAGCAGAUAAAGCCGGUGAAUCCAGUGCUGUGUAUGCCCGAGGACGUGCUGCAGAGAGUCGGCCUGCAGCCUGACCUCCUGAGCUAGCACAGCUUCCCAGCAUCACAGACACACACACACACACACACACACACACACACACACACACACACACACACACACACACACACACACACACACACACACACACACACACACACACACACACACACACACACACACACACACACACACUGCCCUGCUGAGCACAGCCACCACCACUGCUGGAUGUCAGGAGCAGAGAGAGGACCACCACACAUCCUAGUUUUAGUCCACAGACACAUUUCACACGCAGGCUUCUGACUCCGCUCACUAAGGAAAAGGUGUGAAAGUCUCGGAGCUUUUCUGUCUUUAAACCCUCAACCGCUCGUUAUCUAUUCAUGUCGGGGUUCUCGGGUUCGCUGCAAGAAAAGGAUGAAUUUGAGAAAUGGUCUUAGACAGAGAUGUAACCUUUUGUUAUGAAAAGGCCCAGAACUCAUUAAAACAACAUUCCUUAACUUUUGCUCAUUAUGUCAGUUUGAAUGAAAACUUAUCUGUGGCCCAGGAAACAGUGGUGGGAAUGUUUCAGCCUCUUUCUUGCUCUCGUCACCUUUUCAGCAAACCAAGGAGGUUCUUACUGUCAUUAUUUUUUAUCUGACCAGAAGAAGAGACGCUGCUUCUCCUUCCUCUUUUUGUUCUGCUUGGACUGAGGUAGAUUCAGUUUUACUGGACAGUUUUGCACAUUUAACCUUGAGGGAGUUGACGGAUCAUGAGCGGGACAGAUCAGACGAGUUCAGCUGAAAGGUUCAAGUUAGGUUUUCUGUUGUGUUUUGGAUUAAAGGCGUCAUCAUCUCUUUUCCCCAGGACAACCUGUUCCUAAUUAAACAACCUGGGCGAACUAUUAACUUUCUUAUCCUUAUUGUAGAGCAGUCAAAUCAACAAUGUGCCCCAAAUUUUAAUGGAUUCUUCCUUGAGUCAGUCGCCACACCACAGAAUCUCAUGGAAACCGGCUCAGUAGAUUUUGAUCUGUCAUCCUGUCAUGGCGGAGAUAAUCACGGCUGGAAAUACACAACGGGACACGUUGCAAAUAAAAACAGUUCUGUUUAUGUCACUGUGAUUUAAAAAAAGAAACUCUACAGAACAGAGAGAUUGUUAUUUAGGAAAGCGUUGGAGGAAGGAGACAGGAGGAGGUGGAACACAUGAUGGUGUCUCAUCAUCGGUUCGUUUAAUGUCUUAUCCACAGGCUCAGCUUAUUUAAAUCCAUGUUGAUCAGUGCAGGGUUGUGCUGCCGCUGUGGGCAGAAGGUUGCGUCUGUCUUCACUCUGUGUGUAGAGGAUUUCCAGUCUUAUGUUCAGAUCAAACUAAACAGAUUCUGUGAAAAUGGCUUUUGAAAUAUUUAACAUUUAUUAGCUUUGUUAAACUUGUUAAUUUGCACUCGGACGUCUCUGUUGUUACGGACAGGAAAUUAAUCCGAUAUUAAAGCUUCAGUUCCCCUAUUUAACAUUUCUAAGCCUUGUGUAAACAUUUAAGUAAUGAUUUAAUCACAUUAUGAGGUUGUGGGUUUAUACAUUAACACCAAUCAGUGGAGGUUUACAGGAUAAUAAAUGACAACACGGUUAAACACAGGUGUAAUAACAUAAAAUGUCUUCAUAGGAGAAGUUAUACAUGUUGUGUUUAUUACUAACAAUCAUACAUCUAAAGUGUUAUAAACAAUUUUUGAAACGCGUAUUGACGUAACUGAUAAAUAUUAUUGUGUUGUCGUUGCUAUGCAGAAAUCAUUAAAAAAAUGAUUUUUUAAAAACAACUAAAAAAAACCACAAGUGUGUCCUGAACAUCUUGUUGAACCAGGUCUCGUCUUCGUGCUUCUGCAGCUCCGACUCCUGCACAUCCACAUAUGUGAAUAUUAAUGUAAGUUAUUUUUCUCCUUGUUUGGCAAUAAAGGUUUGAUUUCCUCUACAA